AUUGUCCCUCGGCGGCCGCCGUGGUGCAGCCCGGCGUGUUGCCGUGGAGACGGGCUGGCCGAGGUGGAGCCGGCUGCGGUGCGCUGAGCUGACUCUACCUCUCCGCCAGGACUCAUGUGGCCCCCGCAUGAUCGUGGGGCGGGUAACGGGGUUAAGACCGGGCGGGGCAGCUCCAGGGAACCGAGACGAGACCGGGGUUUCCAGAAGACCCGGCACAGCGGAUUCCUCCCCGCGAGGAGGGACCAUUGCUAUGGAAACCAGAGCGCGGGGCAGCGGGGGAUUGUGGCUCCCAGAUGGUGACCGAUCUUCUGUCUUCCCGAGACCGUCACCCGAGGCUUCGGGCGCGAUUGAUUUCUGAACGAACCUGCCCUCCCGCCCACGGGAGAGAGUUUGCCAUGGCACAGCCCAACAGAAAGAUGUAGCCUUUGUGCCUCUCUGGCCGCUGACCCCCUGGCCCGAUGACAGCACCCCCGUGUCCCUUUCCGGUUCAGUUCCGGCAGCCCUCAGUCAGCGGCCUCUCCCAGAUCACCAGCAGCCUGUACAUCAGCAACGGGGCAGCUGCCAACAACAAGCUCCUGCUCGCCAGCAACCAGAUCACCACAGUCAUCAACGUCUCAGUCGAAGUGGUAAAUACCUUAUACGAGGACAUCCAGUACGUACAGGUGCCUGUGGCCGACACCCCUGCCUCACGUCUUUGUGACUUCUUUGACCCCAUUGCUGACCACAUCCACAGCGUGGAGGUGAAGCAGGGCCGCACACUGCUGCAUUGUGCCGCCGGAGUGAGCCGCUCUGCCGCACUCUGCCUCGCCUACCUCAUGAAGUACCACGCCAUGUCCCUGCGGGACGCCCAUGCGUGGACCAGGUCAUGCAGGCCCAUCAUCCGGCCCAACCACGGCUUCUGGGAGCAGCUCGUCCACUACGAGUUCCAGCUGUUCGGCAAGAACACCGUGCACAUGGUCAGCUCCCCGAUGGGAGUGAUCCCUGACAUCUACGAGAAGGAGGUCUGUUUGAUGAUUCCCCUGUGAGCCAUCCUGCCAGCCCCCCACACUCAGGUCAGGGGUGCAGAUCUGCUGUGGACCCUCCACCCAGACCUGAACGUAAACAUUUCACUUCUGCUGAUACAGAAAAAAAACAGAUGAGGCCUUUUAUAAGGGCCAGGAAAAAAAGGAAAGGUGCUGUAGCUUUUAAUCUUAUUAUCCCUAUCUUCAAAGAUUAACUCCACUAACCAUACUGGGGUGCAGAGAAGUUUCCUACCCUUGUGAGUGACAGGUCAUGGCUGCUGGCCAGAGGGGAAGAGUGAGGCAAGUGCCCAGGCCAGAUAGACUAGCACCUAAAGCAUUUGGCAAGCCUGGAAUCCUGCUGCCGUCGCCCAGACCGACUAACCCAGGAAUGAGUCAGCCAUAGUUCCACUAAAUUCUGUUAAACCCAAAGCCAGAGCCUUAAGCAUCGUGGCGUCACAGUAAGUGGGCCAACCCACUAGGUAAGUGGCCUUUGGGUGGUGCUCUGGGAGCCUUGGGGGCCCAGGCCAACCCUGCUUCUAUCUUCGACCCACAGGCCCCAACUCUGGUUUUCUGGUUGGGAUUUACACAUGACAUAGUUUGCAAAGAAAGCAUUCCACAGUAUAAAAAUUUUUUAAAAAAUAUUUUCAAUUUUGACUGCUGUUGUACAUGGCAAGGUCUCAAAGUACCCUUGGCAGUCCCCUGCCAGCCCUUGAAGGUGGCAUUAGCUUCCUUCUGGGGGGCACAUGUGGAGAGCAGGCCUGACAUCAGGCUUCAGGCGUUCAUCUCCCAGGUACUGAUUUGCAAGGCUGGAGCUGCAGACCAGAACUUGGCCUUGUCACCUCCUCCCCAUGGGAUUCAGACUUCUUGGUGCCUCAGCUUUCUCAUCUGUCCAAGCAAUCACAGCCCUUUCUGGAAAUCACAGCAUUGCCAUGGAGGUUCAACGAUCCCUUAACACCGGGCCUGGCACAGGGUAGGUGCUUAGGGUAGCAACUUUCAUCACGAAUGAUGCUUUGACCCUGCUGGCCUGAGUCAGCGCAGUCAUCCUUGUGAUGGCAUUUCCCCACAUCUGUGCACAACCCUUCACUUGUUUACAAAGUACUCUUCCAAAAAGUCAUCCUGUGGGGGAAAAAUGUGGUUUGAAGGCUUUUCAGACCCUACCUUAGAAGAGGCCUGGACUUUUGAGCCUUUUCAGAGUUUAUAUUGUGUUUAAUCCAUGAGUGACCGGGGGUCUAAAGCGAGGAGCACACUUCCAGCUUCCCCCGAAAGGCCUUGUUUAGAUUGCUGACCAUUAAUGCCAGUGGUGGCUAACCACUGGGGUCCAUGGGAACAAAUGAAUGGGCCCCACCUAUAAGCCCAGAAAUCCAGGAUUUUUCAAACCCUCCAGGGGCCUGAGGAUCUGACUCAAGACCAACUAAUCUAAUCCAGAGGUUUUCAGACCAACAAUAUAUGAGACAGAGAAAAGCACAACAGCUCUGGGAGUCCAGAGCCCAGUGGAAGCCAAAUGCCUUCUCCCUCCAAACCUAUCCCAACCCCACUUCCAUAAAAGGCAUGCCCAGGGGUGUAAUUUUAGGGUGCAGGGGAGAAGGAAAAUCCCUGCUUUAGACUGACUUCUUGUUUUACAGGUGAAUAAACAGACCCACAAACACCAGGGCUGGUGCAAAGCAGCCUUUCUGGAAGAAACCCAGAUGGAAAAUUUCUUUCAUGGUCUUUUUAAAGAGAAAUUGGUUGGGACAUAUUUUAUCUUCAUUUUUAAAAAUUUUGAAUUAACAUACCAUAAAAUUAACUUUUUUGUAUGUACAGUUCUGUUUUAACACAUUUGUGUAACUACCUCUGCAAUCAGGAGACAGGGCAGUUCCAUCACCCACAAAAUUCUCUUAUGCCACCCCUUUGUAUUCAAACGUCUGUCCUGCCCCAGGCCUCUGGCACAUACCAACCUGAUCUCUGUUCCUCUAAAUUUGCCUUUUCCAGAACGUCACAUACAUAGCAUCAUAGAGGAUGUAACUUCUGGAUGUAACUGGCUGCUUUCACUAUGUCUUUGAAAAUCAUACGUGUUGCUUUUUAUAGCUAAGCAGUGUUACAUUGUAUGGAUGACCACAGUUCAUUUUAAUAUUCACCCAUUGAAGGAUAUUUGGGUGAUUUCCAGUUUGGGAAAAUUUUAAAUAAAAUUGCUACAAACAUU